GAUAGCUGUUUGUUUAAAUUUUUCGUUGUUUUUAAUUGAUUUGUUUGUGGUUACGUAAAUCAACAUUUAUUUAGUGAUAGAAAACACUUGUUUAGUAUAUUUACUCAUGAGUCAUGAUAAGUGCAAAGAGGAUACGUAUUGAGAAAAACCAAGAAGUCUCUGCAAAUUAUGUCAAGAAGAAAAUGGAUUUUAUCAACUAUCUUGAUAAUGAUUCAUUAGCACAAAUAUUCAUGCUGCUGCCAAUAUCUGAGAGGAUAACUAUGAAGGAAGUUUGUUCCAAAUGGCAAGAGGCCUGUCAACUAGCUUGGCAUGACAUUAAAAAAUACAAAUGUACCAAUACAAUUGUUCGUAAUCAUAAAAAAUGUAUUUUAACACAACGAUACGUAGAAAAAGUAUUAUUCAAUUGUGGUAUUUAUUUGAAAGAAUUGAUUCUUUCUUUAAUUUGUGACUCAAGUAUCAUGCCAAUAAUUGCUGAACACUGCAAAAAUUUAAAAACACUUGAAUUUGCACUUGUCGAAUUUGGGAAUAAAAAUACUUAUCGCUUUGUUGAAGCAUUUACACAAUUGGAGCAAUUGAAAGUCGUUAAAAUACAUAUAUCUGGAUAUAACUUUCAAUUUCGAAUGCUGAAUAGUCUUCCAAAAGAUAUAAAUGAAAUUCAUUUAUUUUUUAAACCUAAUGGAUCUCCAGAAAUCUCAUUCGAUUCGGGCAUAAUAAAAUCAACACUAUUUACAACAAUGUUAUUCAAUUCAGAUCCAGUAGCACCAUCAUUUUUCUCUUUGAAAAAAUUUACCAAUCUUCGAAGUUUGACAAUACAUCGUUGCAUUAUCACCGAUAUUAUUCAAGAAAUAUCAAGAAAAACAACACUUGUUUAUCUUGAUCUCGAAAAAUGUAAAACCAAAAAAGAGAUUUUUACAUUCAAUCAACUUUUAAACUUGGAACAUCUCAACAUUAAGGAUGUGUCCUUCAUGGAUAUUCCAAAUCUACUCAGUGGUAUUUUCAAUGCAUGCAAAAAUUUAAAACAUCUUGAUGCACCAGAUUUUCAUGUUGAUCUAGCUGAAAUUAAAAUGGAAAACUGGGUAAACUGGAGAAACUUGGUACAUUUAAAUAUUCGCUGGCAAGCUAGUGAUGCAAUAAUCGAAAAUAUCAUCAAGCAUUGCAAUAAUUUAGAAUUCAUAAAUAUUGAUGAAUUAAAUAGUGAAUCUACUAUAGAAUUAACAAAAUUAGAAAACCUUAAUCAUUUAGAUUUCGAGGUGACAAAUAUCGAUAACGAAGUAAUGGUUGCAAUUAUAAAUAAUUGUAAAAAACUUAAACAUCUAGUACUUCCCGAGUAUAAUAUGGUGAAGGCAUCAAUUUUUUAUGAUUUAUCAAAAUUGCAAUAUAUUGAAAGUUUAAAUUUGGCAUUUAGUUUCAAACUUGGAGAUAGUGCUAUUAUUGCUAUUGCUAAAAAUUGUAAGCUCUUAAAAUGUUUGAAUAUUAAAAAUUGUAACAUCACUUCAAGUGGUUAUAUUGCUUUAACGGGCUUGAAGAAUUUGGAAGAACUAAAUAUCGAAAUGAGUGUUAAUGUUGAAGACAAUUUUGUUGUCAAAUUAAGAGGAAUAAAAAGUUUAUAUUGUUCUGGAUGUCACGAACUUACUGAUACUGGUAUCAUUCAAUUUAUAAAAAAUAAUCCAGAUCUUGAAUUUCUUAACAUCAGCUUCAACACAAAUGUUACAAUGGACACGAUUAUUGCUGCAGAAGAGGCAGUUAAAAAUCGUACAAAUGAUACUUUUUUAGCUAUAAAAAGUGUUGAUUCAGAUAUUGAAAAAGCCUGCCAUGAGGCAUCUAAAAAUCGUACAAAUGAUACUUUUUUAUCUAUAAAAACUAAUGAUCCAGAUCUUGAAAAAGCCUGCAGUGAAUCUCAAUGGUUAAUUGAUUGUUAA